GUCGUCUUGGACUUUUGUGUGUUGUCGUAGGUUCUGCAGUUUGGCUUGGAUUUUCCCUGGCGCAUUUGGAGCGCUGCGAAGUUGGCGCUUGGAUCUCGACGAGGCGAGAGUUUCGUACGCGCGAUCACCAUUUCUCCCAAAUAUCGAGAGUCGCGAGUGCCGCUGCCCCAUAACGAACCUACCAUAUAUAUCAAAUCGAACGGCCGAUUUUUUUGGAAUACGCUUGAACUUGGAUACGAAGGACUUCGAAAUCAACACGGAACUAGAACCUAAUUUAAAACGCAAAUACAUCCAAGAGACUGUGCCGAACCCUUUCGAAAAUCUUUCACCGAAUUCCCCAUAAAGUGCCAAAUGACAUAGAAUCGCGAAGAUUUCCCACAAACAUGCUGAGCAGGCGCCAUCGCGGGGUGCCAACAUCGAAUUCCGCCAGCAGGACGAUGAUGAGGAUGAUGGAUGGCCAUCUAACCGAUCCGAUCCGAGCAACAUGGAUGUAUACCAAAUAGAGCUGGAGGCACAGGCACAAAUCCGCUCCAAUCUUGUGGUCGAAACCUGUGUGAAACACUCUUCGGAGCAGCAGCCGCAGCUCCAGGUCAAGGAGGAGGACCUCAUCAAGGACUUUGCUCGGGACGAGGAACCGCUAAGCGAGGACGAGGAGGAGGAAGAGGAGGAGGAGGACGAGGGGGAAGAAGACGACGAAGAGGACGAGGACGACGGAGCCGAGGAAGAGGAGGAGGAGGACGAGGUCGAAGGCGAAGGAGCCCUGCUGCCGCCGGUCAAUUUUAAUGCAAAUUCCGACUUUAAUUUGCAUUUCUUUGACACACCAGAGGACUCGUCCACCCAAGGGGCCUACAGUGAGGCCAAUAGCUUGGAGUCCGAGCAGGAAGAGGAGGAGCACCAGCCUCCGCAGCAACAGCAGCAGCAGCAGCAGCAGCAGCAACAUCACCGGGAAUUGCAGGAUUGCCUAAGUGCCAUUGAAGCCGAUCCCCUGCAGUUGCUGCAGUGCGACGAUUUCUACAGAACAGCAGCGCCAGUGGAGAGUGUUGCCGCCAGCCUAGCCCCCCCACAUCAGCAACAUACCCAUCAGCAACAGCAACAGCAACAGCAGCAGCAGCAGCAGCAGCAGCACCCUGGACAGCAGCAACACCAGCUCAACUGCACGCUGAGCAAUGGUGGAGGUGCUCUGUUCACCAUCAGCAGUGUGCAUCAGUUUGGUCCGGCCAGCAGCCACAACAGCAGCAGUUCCCCCUCCUCCAGGGGCGCCCACUCCUCGCCGGACAGCGGCUGCUCGUCGGCCUCCUCCUCCGGAUCCUCGGGAUCCUGUGGAUCCACUGGGUCCGCAUCCUCCCACGCGGUCUCUUCCUCGUCGUCGUCCAGCUGCUCGGAGCACUUUGCACGGAGUACAGUUGUCAAUGUCAGCGGCCACGCUCAUACAUCCUCGUCAGCGGUCAGCAGCAGCAACGGCAACAGCAAGAACAGCGGCAGCAGCAGCAGCAGCAGCAGCAGCAACAACAAUAACAACGCCGGCAGCAACAGCGCCAACCCCGCAGCAACAUCUUCAUCUGUUGCGCAUCUGAACAAAGAGCAACAGCAGCAGCAGCCGCCGACGACGAUACAGCUGCAGCAGCAACACCAGCACCAACAGCAAUUGCAACACCCGCAGCAGCAAUCUUUUGGCCUAGCGGACAGCAGCAACAACAACAACGGCAGCAGCAGCAACAGCAACAGCAACAGCAACGGCAGCAGCAACAACAACAACGGGGUCUCCUCAAAAUCAUUUGUGCCCUGCAAAGUUUGUGGCGACAAGGCAUCGGGCUACCACUAUGGUGUAACCUCCUGCGAGGGUUGCAAGGGUUUCUUUCGUCGCAGCAUCCAAAAACAAAUCGAAUACCGCUGUCUGCGGGACGGCAAGUGUCUGGUCAUCCGGCUGAAUCGCAAUCGCUGCCAGUACUGCCGCUUCAAGAAAUGCCUCUCCGCUGGCAUGAGCCGCGAUUCUGUACGUUAUGGUCGCGUUCCCAAGCGUUCCCGUGAGCUGAACGGAGCAGCUGCUGCCUCCGCCGCCGCAGGCGCUCCUUCCUCCCUCAAUGUGGAUGACACCUCCGGCAGUACACUCAACAGCAGCAAGCAGCAACAGCAACAGCAGCAACAUCUCCUGCAGCAACAGCAGCAGCAGCAGCAACAUCAGCAGCAUCAACAGCAACAGCAGCAGCCGCAUGUGAGCGGCGCCAGAGUGAAGACACCGAGUACUCCACAAACGCCACAAAUGUGUUCGAUCGCAUCCUCGCCAUCGGAGCUGGGCGGUUGCAAUAGUGCCAAUAACAAUAAUAAUAACAACAACAACAGCAGCGGCAAUGCCAGCGGCGGCAGCGGCGUAAGCGUCGGCGUUGUUGUUGUGGGCGGUCACCAGCAACUGGUGGGCGGCAGCAUGGUGGGCGUGGGCGUGGGCAUGGGCACGGAACUGGGCGGUGGCCACCACCAGGUGGGCAUGUGCCACGACGGACUGGCCGGAACGGCCAACGAGCUGACCGUCUACGAUGUGAUCAUGUGCGUGUCGCAGGCGCACCGUCUCAACUGCUCCUACACGGAGGAACUGACCAGGGAGCUGAUGCGCCGCCCGGUGACGGUGCCCCAAAAUGGGAUUGCCAGCACAGUGGCGGAGAGCCUGGAGUUCCAGAAGAUCUGGCUGUGGCAGCAGUUCUCGGCCAGGGUGACGCCCGGUGUCCAGCGGAUUGUGGAGUUUGCGAAACGCGUACCUGGCUUCUGUGAUUUCACCCAAGACGACCAGCUCAUACUCAUCAAGCUGGGCUUCUUCGAGGUCUGGCUGACGCACGUGGCCCGCCUGAUCAACGAGGCCACUCUGACGCUGGACGACGGAGCCUACCUGACGCGCCAGCAACUCGAGAUACUCUACGAUUCUGACUUUGUGAACGCCUUGCUGAACUUUGCCAACACAUUGAACGCCUACGGGCUGAGCGACACCGAGAUCGGCCUGUUCUCGGCCAUGGUGCUGCUGGCCUCGGACCGGACGGGACUCAGCGAGCCCAAGGUGAUCGGACGGGCCAGGGAGCUGGUGGCCGAGGCGCUCCGCGUCCAGAUCCUGCGCUCCCGGGCGGGAUCGCCGCAGGCACUGCAGCUGAUGCCGGCGCUGGAGGCCAAGAUACCCGAGCUGCGGUCCCUGGGGGCCAAGCACUUCUCACACCUAGACUGGCUGCGGAUGAACUGGACCAAGCUGCGCCUGCCGCCCCUCUUCGCCGAGAUCUUCGACAUCCCCAAGGCCGACGACGAGCUGUAGGAUGGCGGGCAUCCGGAACAGCGCGAUUCCAGGGCCGUGCAAAUGCAAACCGCAACAAAAUAAUCUACCACUUGUAGGCUUAAGCAACGUAGCUAUAAGUGAAAAACGGGAGGGCCGGAGAUCAGAUCAGAUACACGUCUACUCAGCAUUACUGGAGAUAGUUCACUAAGCCUAUAUGCAUAUUCACUAGCAGUGUUAGAGCGACUAGGACUCCACUCCACUCCACUCUACUCCACUCCACUCCCCGCUGAACAUAUCCAUGCGCAAACAUAAAUUAUUUAUUUCAUUGUUGACUCAUCGAGAUCCACUCCGAUCCACAUCACUUCACAUCCCCAGCACUCAUCCCAACCGAAAUUAAGAAUGCAAAUGAAAAUGCAAAUGAAAAUGAAAAUUUACCAUUGGCCAGCUAUCCAAGGCAUCUAUUUAGAACUCGACUGAAGAGCGAGCGUUAAAGUUCGAUAAAUACUGGUUUUUUUAAUAAUAUUAACUACUAUAAACGAUAUCGGAUAUAUGUGUACGUUACAUCUAGAGAUACGGACCUAGCGUAGUCGAAAAGCAAAAAGACCCACUUCGUUUGCUUGCAAAGUUGGAGCUCCCAUACGAUAUGAAAAUAUACAUAUGCGAAAAGAUAAAUGAUUAAUAAUAAAUAUAUAUGACUAGUUUAAAUCAUUAUUUCGAAUUGAAGAUCGAUGCGUUUAUUGUAUCUGCGUGUAAAUAAAUUUAAAUUAAUUUGUACCAUUAACUCGCUGCGACUUGAUUAUUUUAAACCCCACCACCCACUGAUUUGCUCGAUGAUCCAUCCCAGAUCUUCGGCGAUUACGACCUCCAUUGAAAGUGUUCAGUUUCUCACUUAAGACAAGACAUUUAACAUCCUACGACUAAGAUCCUUGGGUUAGAGACCAUCUAAGUUAAGUGCUUUAAGGCUUCAUUUGUAUAACUCGGAACAAUCAAAUUGUUUGAUCAAUUUUGAAUAGAUUGGUGCUAAAUUUGUGUGUUAAGUUUACAUGGAAACAAGCGAGGAAAACCAACCGACAGGCGAACAAAAUAUACAUAUAUAUUUAAAGCUAUCUAUAUAUCAAAUACAUGUAUGUAAAAAUCAAAAGGAUUCUUCUCUAAAGCUCUUCAUUGAUUGUUGAAUUUAUAUAGAACAUUUUGUAAAUUUUAUUAGUGUGACAAAGGAAAAUAUUAAAUGUAGAGGCAGCUGCGAUCGAUCUUGUGGCUGCCGUUUUAUGCUCCA